GUGAAGUGUACAUAUUUGUGUUAUCUAAAGAUUUAAGAUAAAUAGUGUAAUAUAUUAUAAAAAGUAUUUACUGAUUACUCUGUGGUAUUGUGUUGUAACAACUACGAUACCGUCUAACGUCUUACAGUAACAGUUCACAGUUGUCAUAACUGCUUUCAGCAAUGUCGUCUGUCGGAGUGUUUGCCAGUUUGCGUCCCGCACGAAGACAGGCGUAGUUUGUAGUAAUAGUCAAUGGGAAAACAGGUCUAUUGCACUGCAGUAUAGUUAUCUCUUUCUAUUGCAGGUUCUUUUCAAAUGAUUCGCCAAGUUCGUCUCUGUCUUGCCAAUACGCGACUUGCGAUAGCUUGUUAGAAUUGCCAGUGAUUAUAUUGUGUGCAGUGCGCGUGUGUCGUCGUUUCCAUAUCGAUCGGUAGCCAGACCGCAUUGCUGUACAUUCCGGAGGCGGUGCCUCGCCUAGUUUUCGUCGCUCCUCGAAGUGACGGACGCGUGUCGGCGUCGGCGGCGGCCCGGACGGCCCUGCGCAGUAACAGCGCGGGAGACAGCGACUCUCUUCUGCCAAAUCAGACUCGCUGUCCGCGGCGGACGGCUGUGAUGUAGCCGGGGCCGGAAAUUGGCCUUCGGACAAAGGAAUCGCGACACUCGAUUCGCGAUGAAGAAGUUCACUUUCAAGGGGGUUCUGGACGGGUUCCGUAGCUCGGUGCAGGCUGCUCCGCGCGGGAACGACCAGGAGAUUCAGGAGACGCUGCGACCUGAGCAUUUUCACGUAAAAAAGACCUUUCGUCAUGGAUUCCCCUUCUCUCCAACGGCGCUGGCCUGGGACCCUAUACAAAGGCUGCUUGCUAUUGGCGACAAGAACGGAAACCUUCGGAUUCUGGGUGGGCCCGGGGUGGACGCGCACGUUCGUCACGACUCCGGGGACGUAGUUCUUCACGCCAAAUUCCUAGUCAACGACGGCGGUCUUGUCACUGCCACCGCCGACGACCAGCUACAUCUAUGGACCUUUCGGCAAAAAUCUCCACAGCGCGUACAAUCGCUUAAAUUUCAAAGAGAACGGAUAACAUGUCUACACCUUCCGUUGUCUUCAAAAUGGAUGCAUGUUGGCACAGAACGAGGGAACGUGCACGUCGUCAACAUCGAGACGUUUGCCCUCAGCGGCUACGUUAUAAACUGGAAUAAAGCAAUCGAAGUAACUCGACCUAAUCAUCCCGGGGCGGUAGUAGAAAUUGUAGACAAUCCAUUAGACGCUAGCAAGUUGCUGAUAGCGUUCGAAAGCGGGUUAAUAGUGGUAUGGGAUCUGCGAGCGCGCGCUGCAGAGUGGCGUGGCCACAUAGGCUCAGGAUUGCCAGGGGAUGCUAUUCGCGCAGCUGCCUGGCAUCAUGACGGCAAACUCAUGACUGCGCACGCUGAUGGCGCCCUCGCCACUUGGACUGUGCGAGCUCCCAGACCCAUCUCGCUAUCUUACCCACAUGCAAAAGCUAACAAAGACGGUAAACUAGAAGCUUGUAAACCUAUACACAGGUUGGAAUGGAAAACUUCAAAAACGGGCGAAACUCUGGUGAUAUUUUCGGGCGGGCUACCGACGGACAAAGCGGGCCGGACACAUAGCAUCACAGUUUUAAAUGGCAAAUCAACUACAGUACUAGAGAUGGAGCACAGCGUUGUUGACUUUGUCACACUCUGUGAAAGCCCACACGCCGCCGAAUACCAGGAGCCGUAUGCGAUAGUAGUGCUCUUGCAGAACGACUUGGUAGUAAUUGACCUUCAAUCGCCGGGAUAUCCCUGCUUCGAGAAUCCUUAUCCUAUGGACAUUCACGAAUCCCCGGUCACCUGCUGCUCAUAUUUCGCCGACUGCCCCUCAGACCUGAUCCCAGCAUUUUACUCAGUUGGCCGUCAGGGAAAUAAAAAGCCAGCUGGCUUCAGCGAAAGAUUGUGGCCUGUAGACGGUGGUGAAUGGUCACCCGCGUCUUGUUCCUACAGCGAGAUCAUACUCACUGGACACGCAGACGGCAGUGUAAAAUUUUGGGAUGCGAGCGCGGGGACUUUACAAAUAUUAUAUAAAUUAAAAUGUGCUAAGGUGUUCGAAAGACGGGCAGGCAGCUCGGGUAGCGCGAGCAGCAUGGGCGGGAAUGAGGAGGACAGCCCGUUGGGCAUUCAGCAGGUGGCACUCUGUGCAGAAUCCCGGCGAUUAUGUGUGGCACUGCCCCACGGCCAUGUUCUUCUCUUCAAAUUCCGUAAACAAGAACUUACUGCGCAGACGCAUGUGUUGGAGAUCCCUAUAAUUAGUGAUGCAACAGAAGAGGAGACAUCACCGGAGGCGGAAGGGGUUCGCGGGGCAGGAGCCCGUGACGACCACGACACACCAAGGGUACGGUCGGCCUGGGGCAGCGUACGCGUGCGUGGCGCAUCAGGCACGGGCGGGUCAAGACGUGCGGCUGGGUUCCAGGCGACCCUGGUGGCGUUGCAGCAGGGCCCACCUAACCCAGUCGCCGCACUCACAAUCAACUCCUCCUACGGACUAAUAGCUUGGGGCGGCGAGCGAGGCGUGGUGGUAGUGGACAUAUGGCGCCGCGCAGUGGUAGCAGCGUUGCCUGCACACAGCUUGUACUUGCCCGAACCCACCCUACGACCCGACAGACACGACCGCCGCUCGCCCGACCUCGACCAGCUGGAAGAGGCGCCGGCCAGCCCGGAGCCCGCCGAGGAGACCCUGCCCGAACCGAAACUCGACGCCAGACGGAAAUCCACGCCGUGGAAAACAUUUAAUCUCAAGAGACAGCUUUCUAAAGUCGAUCUUAAGCUCAAAGCUGCAUUCGCCCCCGUCGACAGCGAUGAGACUAUCGAAAAGAGUAACUCGCAGUUUUAUACGGAACCUCAGGAGAAGCCAGAGAGUGCUCAAGAAAGUAACGAUUCGCCGGAUGAAGAAUCCAAUGAAAAACUUUCAGAGGAAGAUAAAAGUCAAUUACCGUCCCCGCUGCGCGUUUGUUCAGACGUAUUCGAAAGAAUGCACCGGGAGCUACAAGAGAAAAGGUCGUCCGAUGUCUACGACAGAAUGCAUAAAGAGUUACAAGAACGAUGGCAAGAUAAAGAUCGGCUCGAUUCUUCUCCUGAUGUGUCUCCGUCGAAAUUGGGAGAUGAAGACAAAGCUGUCCGACCAGAUAACCUUCCGUUAUUCGAUGACGAGGGAAAACCUACGCGGCCGCCUCGGCAGAAAAGUAAAAAGAAAGAUGAUAGAGAUCAGAGGGAGCAAAGAUUGUUGUCAGUGCCGAACAUAAAAUAUAACAGGCAAGAAUCGGUGAAAGACCUGCGAAAGAGACAAGCGAGCCAGCCGGCGCAGUCGUUCGCGGGAAACCUCAUGCGACGCUUCAGAGACUUUGUAGCGAGCCUCUGCACGAGAAACCAACAGAUCAGUGGCGAAACUAGCGAAGAAAUCGUACAAGUGCCCAACAGAAUAGCUCGACCACAAAGCAAAAACUUUAUAUGGCUCGUUUUUGGCUGCCUCUAUAUUCGACUGUCGUUUUGUCUAUAUAAACUGGACAGUUCGUUUUCGCGGUCUCGCUCCAGCAGCAUGUCCAGCCUCGAAAACAUCUCUCAAGAAGGCAUACAGUGUCUAGCUUUUGCCGAUACUUACAUCAAAAAGUCAGAUCCUACUUUGUCAGUUCCGACGCUUUGGAUAGGAACGACACUGGGUUCGGUGAUAACCAUGACGAUUAACCUACCGGAGGCAGAUCUGAGGCAUACACAGCCCGUCGUCGUAUCGACGAGUGGUGGUCCAAUUUUUAGGCUAAAAGGGUCAAUAUUAACAAUGUCUUUUCUCGACUGUAAUGGUGCUUUAAUCCCAUAUUCAUACGAAAGCUGGAAGGACGACAAUAAAGAUAGUCGGGAGCGUCGUGAGAGGACCCCGACGAAGCAGAGCUCAUCAGGCAGUGGGCACGGCAGCCAUACCAGCCCGAUUCCGCAGGAGGCAGCUGACCGACAGUUUGUGGUGGUAGCAUCAGAGAAGCAAGCGCGUGUGGUAGCGUUGCCCAGCCAGAAUUGCGUCUAUCGCCAACAGAUCGUCGAAUCCGACUUUGUUGUCAAGGCAGAGAUUGUCAGCUUAAAAGAUAGUGUGUGCCUUGUAUGCUAUCUAUCGACGGGUCACCUUGUAGCCUACAGUCUGCCUUCGUUGAGGCCGCUCCUGCACGUAGACUUUUUGCCGCUUUCAGAACUCAGCUUCCAGACACAGUCCAAACAGAGGGGUAUCGUAGACCCUAUGCUCUCCAUUUGGGGCCAACAACUCAUUGUAAACGAGGACACGGACCAGAUAGCGAAGACGUUCUGCUUUAGCAACCGCGGGCAUGGACUCUACCUGGCCUCGCCCACUGAAAUACAGAAGUUUACUAUCGACACGGAGUUUUGCCAACAAUUAACCGAAAUGAUGGGAGAGUUAUUCCUGCCGCGCGACAUGCCGGAACCUCCUAAAGAGAGUUUCUUCCGAGGACUUUUUGGGGGUGGAGUUCGCCCACUCGACCGGGAGGAGUUGUUCGGUGAGAGCAGUGGCAAGCCCAACCGCACCGUGGCUAAGCACAUCCCCGGCAACGAGGGCGUGGCGGCUCGAGCAUCGGCAGCGACCGGGGAGAUAGCGCGGGCUCAUCAGCUCGUGGUAGAGCGAGGUGACAAGUUGUCUCAGCUGGAGGACAAGACAGAGCGCAUGCACACAGAGGCCGCGGCCUUCUCGUCGUCGGCGCACCAGCUAAUGCUCAAAUACAAGGACAAGAAGUGGUACCAGCUGUGAGCCCCUGGUCCCCGUCGCCCCCCGUCGCGUAGAGCUUAGCGUCCCCGUAGCGCGUCGUAGCGGUAGUCUGUAGAAACACGAACGCACAAAAUUUUCGCUCUCUCCGUCUCCCAUUCGUCGUUAGAGCACGUAGCUCCGAUUCCUUCACUCGCGCCCUCGUCGACGAUCGGCGAUCUCCCUCCCUCGUCCACUGUACAUACCGAUCGCAUUACGCGACGUGAUAUUGUAAAUACGAGUCAUACACGAUAUUGUAAACUUUUGUACGAUUCCGUAGAGUAACGUCUCUUCGGCCUCCGUUGCGUCGGAGAUGUUAGCGUGUAACGUGUUAAAGUAUUGCAUAAACGUGAGAUUAUUUAAUGUUGCGACUAUUAAUAUUAUCGAUCUAGCGUAUGAAUAGAUAUAAUUUUUUAUAGAUACGGCAGGUCGCCGAUACUUCUCGGCGACUUUGAUAGCGAUGGCCGUCGUCGGUCUGUAUAAAAUAAUAAAUUUAAAAAUUAAAUUAAUGAAAUACGAAUAAAUGAUUGAAGAUGUAAGCAUCGGAUGACAAUAAUUGUGUUACAUUCCUCGUUGAGAUUGAGUUGGCGUUGCCGCACUCGGUAUACGUGUCUCGUUUAGUUAUUUUUGAAAGCGCACUUUUCUAUAUAUUUUAAUAAAGAGUAUGUUCUUUCGACGCUUGUAUAUAAAAGUAUGCCUUAUAAAAUAUAUCUUGAAGUUAAUUAGUUAGUAUUUUUAUAAAGCGCACGUUAGUGAUUCGGUAACGAAAUACGCUUAUAAGCGGUAGCAAUACUUUGCGGAGGGCAGAGGGCAGCCAUCGGCCGGACCAAUCGGUGUCGUGUUGGUGUCGCUAGUUAUUUUAGUCUUAAUGUAAACCCUAGCCUUGAACUUUCUCUUGACGAGUGACGCUAACGUGUUCGCUCGUUAUUCCCGAGGGGCGUUCAAACGCCGCUUUCCUUGAUUUCCGUGUUCCGUUAAUCGUCCUCAGCUGUGUAUAAAUGUUUGAUGCCAAAGUUUACUAUUUUGUAUAUAAGAGUUUUUAUUGUUAUAAUAUUUGUAACGUAACAUUUUAUUUAGUGGAUUAUUAUAGUCGAAUUAGUUCCGCAUCCGACGCUAGAGUUACUUGACGUGGAAUUAUAUGAAUAUGAUUGAUGAUAAUGUUCCGUAUGAUAUAAUAAUAAAUUAGAUGUCAGAAUUUAUUUUGUUACGAAUGCACUUAUAUUUAGCUGUGUAUCUGUCGGUUCCGGGUUUAUUUGAAGAGCUAAUAUUUUCGUAUCAUAAAUAUUUUAUGAAGACUUAUUAUAUACUAAGUAGCUGAAUUUUUAUAUAAUUGCGUUGAUGGUGCGUUUAAACGCUCUUUUUGUUUUAACUACCUCCCAAUGUUUUAUGUUAAUUGUACGAAACGUAAGGACAGUGGCUUCGUUGUUACACACAAAUGAAUUGUUUAUUACUUUUAUAUUUUCGUGUGAAUAAGUUUAAAAUCACGAAACUACAUUUUAUAGUUAGUAUAACCAAACGUUUAUUUCAUGCCCAGCUGCUACAGAAGAACAAUAUCGCAAAUUAAUGUGAUUUAAAAAGUUGUCUUCAAUAUAAGGUCAUACUAGCUAACAAAGCAAUUCUAAAACCCUCUAUGCUCGUAGUGAGUUUUGUUAAUUGAUACAAUGUGUUAAUGUCGCUUGAAUUGUCAUCUCUGGAGUUUCACUCACCGAAUGAGGUUUUUAAUUACUCAAUAAAGUAUUGAACAAAGGAAAUGAAUGUGUAAAUUAACUGUUAGGUCGGGAUUUUAAAGUUCUAAGUAACGAAACGACCAAAUAAAGAAAUUAAAUAUCCGAACAAAUUUGUUCUUUACUUCUCGCUUUCGUCAGAAACUCAUCUGGUCCUUACUUAAUCAAUACUGAUUGAUCGAGUAGUUCAGAGUGACAAUUUACAUCUUAACAAAAACCCAGUGGCUAUUUCGAAAUAUGUAAAAACUUUUUGGAUGAAAAUUAUUUGUUUAUAACAACAUAAAUUGUAAUCAGAUAUUUAGUUACUAAUUUAAAUCAGAGAAUUAAAUGAUCGCAAAUGUUGGGACUAAAUUAGGUAAAAUAAGAAUUGUAAAUAAACAAGAUUGUGGCAAA